UCUGUAUAUGUGUGAACGACCUUCAGGACGAGGAACGCGUGUGUAUGUGUGUAGGGCACGUACACAUAACAGACGCAUUUUGACCAGGGGUCAUUGAGUGGAGAGGACCUGCCUACCCGAUAAAAAGCAACGCGCUGUCAGUUUGUGUAGUAGUGAGAAAGGUGACACGUUACCAGGCACACAGCUGAUCCUAGUGUACUAUUUAUAUAUACAGGAUACUCGCUUAUGUAUUUAUGUUUGUAAAUAGUGACUCAUCAUAUUUACUGUUGCUGUGAUUUAUUAGGUAAAGUGCAUUUAUUUGCACAUGUCUUCACAUGACAAAGCCGACUUGUCAGUCGGAGUUUUAAAAACAAUCAGAGAAUCCAAACGAGGACAUUGACAUGCUUGGGACGGAAAUGUUCGCAUCGACUCCGGGAUUGUUGUCUGAAACUAUUUCAACUUUAACUCGCCACAAUUUAAAGACGACGUUUCAAUCGAUAAUUUCCACAGCUUUUAAGUUACAAAGAAGUAUUUAAAGGCUUAAACGACAAUUUAAAUAGCAUGCAAGGCAAUCAAUUACAUAGUGCUGAGACUGCAAAUCGUUAUUUGUUUCCAAAUUAAAAAGGAAGGGGAAAUUCUUGGAAAUCGCGUUGAAAACCGCAUUUGGUGCGAGAAUCUCGUUUGUCCUUGUGAGUUUUGUCACAGUCGUUUUAUAACAACGCGAGUUCAGACGAGAGACUUUUUACGACAGAAACACACCAGGAGGACGAUGGCAAGUGUUUCGUUAUAUCGAGUGUUCGUUACUACCCUUGUGACGAUGUCUUUGUGGAGUACGUCUGUAGCGAAAAAGUCAAAACCACAUAUCAUCUUCAUCGUAGCAGACGACCUUGGAUGGAAUGACGUCGGCUGGCAUAACCGAUACAUGCGGACCCCCACUAUUAACCGUCUGGCCAGACACGGGGUGAUCCUUAAUUCAUCUUAUGUCCAUCCAACGUGCACACCAUCGCGGAGCAGUAUCCUCACCGGAGUAUAUCCUUUCCGUUUCGGACUACAGAAUGGUGUCAUCAGACCUGCCGAAGCUAAACAUCUACCCACCAACUAUCCAACACUGCCGGAAAAACUGCGGGACGCGGGAUAUGCAACGCACAUGAUCGGAAAAUGGCACUUAGGGUUUUGCAACUGGCGGUAUACUCCUACACAGAGGGGCUUCGACAGUUUCCUGGGCUUCUACACCGGGGCGCAGGACUACUACAAACAUACCAGAGAAAAUGGUUACGAUUUCAGAUUCAACGCGUCAGUUUACCAUCCCCCGAGAAAACAAUAUUCGACGAAAACCUAUGCGGACCGUGCCGUGGAGGUAAUCCAGGAGAAUCGGAAAUCGGAUAAACCUCUCUUCAUGUACCUGUCCUUCCAGUCCGUCCAUACUCCACUACAGGUGCCAAAGAAAUUCCAAUCACUGUACAAGAAUGUGAAGAACAAGGAGCGGAGGAUAUAUAAUGGGAUGGUAACCGCUAUGGAUUCUGCUAUAGGAACAGUUAUAGCUGCCCUUAAAAAGUAUAAAUACCUACAGAACUCAAUCAUUGUCUUCACAACUGAUAAUGGAGGAGCUGCCCACGUAGCUGGAAACAACCUUCCUCUGAGGGGCUCCAAAACCACACUAUGGGAGGGUGGUACUCGGGCAGUGUCCUUUGUACUCGCCAAGAAAUACCAGAAGCGGAAGAGCAUUAUUCACGAUGGAUUGUUCCAUGCAGUCGAUUGGUUUCCCACACUUCUGGCGGCGGCUGGUGUGAAAACAAAAGGGAUGGAUAUAGAUGGUAUGAACCAGUGGCCUAUGCUGAAGGGAAAGCCGUCCCGACGGAAGGAGUUUGUCUACAACAUUGACUCCAGUAGUGGCUUAACGGUGGCCGCCAUUAGAUAUGGAGAUUACAAGCUGAUCCAGGGAAGUCCCGGAAAAUACAAUGACUGGUAUCGGAUCCCAAAGGGACCAGCUAAAUGUACCAAGUUCAAGGAAAUGGACGACGAAGAAGAAGAGGACUUUUUCAAAUACCGCGGUCUCAAUAAGGCGAUGAAGAAAGUCAAAGGAUACUUUUCUUGGAUGUUCGGAAGGGUGACCGGUGUUAACUGGAAAAAGUACCGCUACAAGAAACUGCAAAAACAUUGUCUACAAGAGGAAAGGAAAUCGAUGAGGAAGUUCAUUUUCCCAAAAUACCAAAUGUUUGACAUCAGGAAUGAUCCAACUGAGAGAAUCAACAUUGUUACAGAAAAGAUUAGCUUAUUCGUGAAAAUGAAGCGCCGACUUGACAAUUAUGUUACGCAGGAGGUUGAGCCCCAAAGCAGACGGAAAUAUGCUCGGUCUAACCCCGAAAUGUACAGCGGGACGUGGUCAGUUGGAUGGUGCUGAGGGAUGUGGUCAGUUGACAGGUGCUGAGGGGACGUGGUCAGUCAGCUAUAUAGCUAGAUGGUGCUGAAAGGACAUGGUCAGCUGGCAGGUGUUGAAAUACAUUGUCAGCUCGCCUGUGAUGAAACAAAUCUCUAAUCCGGUGAAUCAGUGUCGGACGCCAUUCUUGUGUUCAGGAUCGGCUCACUUGGUUCUACAAUCAUUGACAGAAUACAAAGCAUGACAGCUAAAUGUAUUGGAAUGUGUGUAAAAAGAAUCUCAGUAUAUAUAUUUUUUUCAAUCGUUGAUUAAUAUCAGUUGUUCACGUAUUACCCGGAUGCUAGAAUAAUAGGAACAGAAGAGAGUGGUCCCUCUGGUAAUUCAGGCGCCGAAAUCGGAGUAUUCGCUGAAUUCACGAGUGCGCAUGCUUUAUGUCAUGGAUGUGUUCGUCCGCGUGAUAAUUAAGUGCUAUAUAUUGUUUCCUUUUAAGACGUGUGAUAUUGUUUUUGUUACAUAUCAAUAUUAGUUUAUAUACGUGUUAUCAUUUUCAUGAAACAGUACAUAUAAUUGCGACGUAUUGGCAUUUAUUUCAGAAAACAGAAAAUGUAAGCAUAGUAUGAAAUGGCAUUAACAUAAUUAUAAGUAUUCUUGUUUCAAGUCGCCGAGUUUAUCAAAGAAUAACAACUAAAGAGUUACGAGACUAGUAUCGGUAUUACAGCCUUUUGUUUCGCAACCCAAAAAUGGAAUGUAGUUUUAGUUUCAUAUUGUUGGCCUACAAAAUUGACAAAAAACAUUCGUAAGUUUUUUUUAUCUAGUGACACGGACGUGUUAAGGGCUUCCUUUGUAAGACAGCUUACUUUCCCCAUCGUCGGUACCCGAGUGAUUUGUUUUCCGCAUUGCUCUGAUCGACCUUGUGUUGGCAAUGACACGAAAAAUCCAGCAAUAUGAUUGGUUCCGUAUAUAAUGGCUACGGAAAGUCAGACCGAUCAGAAUGUCGUUUUAUAUGUUCGUUGGUUCGUUAAACAAGAUGUCAGAUGACAAGCAAUGCCGAAACAUUGGCGCAGCCAUCUUCGUAUACUCUUUCUAUUUUCAGCCGAAGAAGGCUCAUUAAGAAGCAUUUUGAUUGGUCGAUACAAACAUUAAUAGUUAUGCCAAAGCGAAGUUUAUUCAAGCCCGUGCUCCCACAGGUCAAACAAGUGAAAACGUAGAGAAGACUGUGGGGGACGACCAUGCAUAUCCCCCGUUACCGGUGACGAUUUUAUUAUAUUGUAAAUAGUGACAAUUUUCUGGACACCGGUGAGAACUUGUUUUGUUGUAGCCGUGUUGUUUUUUUCAAUAGCGACAUUUGAUUUUUUCGUAAUUAACGAUGGCAUACAUUGUAUUAUUUUACCUUUAACUAUUGAGCACUCCCCGUCGUAACCUGUAAUAUCUUUCUUUCGUCGCGUGACGAUUGUUUUGGUUAUGUUAUAGCCAGUAACAGUUUAUAUAUACUAUAGCUGAUGACAGAAUAUUUUCUUGCAACAAGUGAGAUUUUCUUAGAAAAAUAGACUUUGUAUCUUGUAUCUUGGUUCAACAGAAAACUGUAUAAGAAGCUACAGUAGCAGCACUGGUUACCCGGAAACUGUAGCGACACUGGUUCUCCGGGAAAUCUGUAUAGCGACACUGGUUCUCCGGGAAAUCUGUAUAGCGACACUGGUUCCUUGGGAAACUACAGAGUCAAUGGUUCCCCGGGAAACUAGCGACAUGGCUUUCCGGGAAACUGUUUAAUGGUACUACUUUUCCGGGGAACUAUAACGACACUGGUUUCUGAGAAACUGUUUAAACACUCAUGUUCCCCAGUAAACUGUUUAGUGACACUGGUUUCACGGCAAACUGUUUAGCGAUACUGAUUCUCAGGGAAACAGUGUAGCGACAUUGGUUCCUCGGGGAACUGUUCAGUGGCACUGAUUAUCAGGAAAACAAUGUUGCGACAUUUGUUUCUCGGAAAACAGUAGCGACAGUUUUUCUCCGGGAAACUAGCGACAUCGCUUUCCGGGAAACUGUUUACUUGCAAUGGUUUUCCGGGGAACUAUAGCGACACUGGUUUUCUGGGAAACUUUCUAGCGACACUGGUUUCCGGAAACCUGUUUAAACACUCUUAUUCCCCGGGAAACUGUUUAGCGACUUUGGUUCUCAGGGAAGCAGUGUAGCAACAUUUGUUUCUCGGGAAACUAUAGUGACACUGAUUUUUGGAAAUCUGUUUAGUGAUACUUGUUCUAGGUUAAACUGAAGCUUUCAGAUGAUCGUGCGACUGCAGUAUUAAUACAUAUAUUCUGCUUUUAAUAUGGAGUCGUACAAAAAUGACUGUCUUGCACUUUGCUGCCGAUGAAAUGUUUAUUUGAUAUACUAGAUAUCGUUUGAUUGCGUAUUGCCUUGAUAUAUAUUGAUGCAUUCCGAUAGCUUUCACGCACACGAACUACUGACGACGAUUACCGAAUGUGUGAUCUAAAUUAAACUAGAAAUAUAAAUAUAGAUUGUGACGUUAGUGCUAAAUUACUACUUAUAAAUCGUGAUCCGUUUUCACCGAUGGGAUUUCGAUAUCGCCAUAGUGGUUUCUAAUUACCAACAAUUAAUUUUGAUUUAUUAAGGAAUCUUGUUCCCUUGUUCAGCACUAUAACAUUGCACUAAAACUCAGGACUAACGGGUUAAUAGAGGGACCACGAAGUACACAGUUUGUAUACAGAAGUUAACUGUGUGUGUAUAUUAAACUGUCUGACAUUAUUAUUGACACGUCAACAGGAUCUUGAAAUUGUCUGGAAAAUAAUUACGUGAGGGCGUGAGGGACCUUAAUUGACUGACAAUCAAAAUACAUAUUUCAUGUACUUAAGACUUGCAUGCUAAGGUAAGUUUUUUUUUUUUUUUUUUUUAUGUUUUUUUUUUCUUUUCUUUUUUUGUGAAUUAUGAAGUAGAUUUAUAUCUAUAUGAUAAAUAAAUUGUAUGUAUUUCCAGAGACUGGUAUUUCAUUUGCGGUAUGAACUGUGGAUAGUAGUGUGAAUUAUAUAAUAGAUUAAAUAGAGUGUACACUGUGAGAAGUUUGAAGUACGUAACAAAUUAGAUAUUACGUACUUUGUUAGUGGAAUAAUAGAUGAUAUAGUGUGUUCUGAUUAGCAGUGUGAACGAUGUCAUAUAAAAUAGCAUUAUAGCAUCAUACUAUGUUGUCACCAAUGUGAGUUAUGUAAUAAACUUGUUAAAGAGA